UUUCUGGAUUGUGGCCCUCUCUCUCUCUUUAAGUUUCCGUUACAUAGAUAAGGAACCAACCUCCCUCUCUCCUUUUACUACAAUUAGGAGUAUAAGUAAGUAUAUAUAUCUCUGUGCAAAGACUGAGGAAUUAGGAAUUAGGGAAAAGUCUCUGAUCUUGCUUCAUCUUUCAAGCCCUACUUUUCAUCACCCUCUUUUUAUCUUGCAGCUUUGUCUCCCCAAAUUUACACGACUAACCUGCUUUAUUGGGCGUCUUUUUAGGAAACCUAGCUAGGUAAUAAUACUUUGCAACUUCUUCUUCUCUAUCAAUCUCUUGAUAUUAACACAGACAUGCAGAUGAGUAAUACCAGGCCACUCAUUUUCCUAUAAUCACCACUCCUUCCUCUCAUCUUUGGAAAUCUCGAAACUAACUUGACCAUAUUUAUUUUUACAUAAAAAGGGAUAAAACAUGGCAAGUGCAGCUUCAAAUAUGCCUGAUCUGUCGCUACAAAUCAGACCACCUUGCACCAAGCCAAUGCGUGGUUACAACAACGGGGGGCUAAUGAAGAAGUACAUGGGAGAGCGGAGCGAUUCGGCUAGCAGCGGAGGAAGUAGUGAUCUAAGCCAUGAAUAUGGCUGUCACCCGCGCUCAUAUCUGAGUUUAGGGCUUGAAAUGGUGUCUGGUCUGAGUCCUCCACCGCCCGCAAAGUAUCAGCAUUAUCAGCCACAUAUCUAUGGCCGUGACUUCAAAAGAAGCAGCACUUCAAGAACGAUGAAUGGGGCUUCAAAAAGAAGUGCUAGAGCACCGAGAAUGAGAUGGACCUCUUCUCUUCACUCCCAUUUUGUUCAUGCAGUUCAGCUACUUGGUGGCCAUGAAAGAGCAACACCAAAAUCUGUGCUAGAAUUGAUGAAUGUGAAGGAUCUAACUCUAGCUCAUGUGAAAAGUCAUUUGCAGAUGUACAGGACAGUGAAAAACACUGACAAGGGAUUAAUAGGUCAAGGGCAGACAGAGACGGAGGAUUUUAAGCAGGGGACAGAAGGAACAGGAGGAGAUGGCGAUGCUUGUGACUAUCUGCUCAUGCCUUGUAAUUAUUCUUCAUUCAACUCAUUAUCAACCCCAACGUCACUGCCAACUACAUUACAGAUUAAUGCCCAAAGGGGUGGAUGGUUAGCUUCGGAGGAUACGAAGGACUGGAUCAGUUCAAAUGAAGAAACCGUGUCAACUAGUUGCUCAUAUUUCCAACAAAAUGUCACCAAGGUUGGAGGGCAUGAUAACGGUUUCCAUUUUCCAGAGAAGAAGGAAAAUCAGAGUUCAGUAUCGACUUCUGCUAAAAUGUUGGUUAAUCUAGAGUUUACCCUGGGAAUGGCAAUCUGACUGCUAUCGAUGUAUACAACAGCAGGCAUUGGUCUGUCUGAUUAAUUCGUGGCAAACGAAUUCCAUUAGUGACUGACAAUAAUGAGCAGUGUUUGAUGAACGAGGAUCUUGCACUUGUUUAGUGAAAUUCCUAGAAAUCCUUAAUAUGAACGCUUGUCUAUAGCUUUAGUCUCACUGUCUGAUUGUAAGUCUGCUUUUAACCAGUUUUUGUAAGCUCGCGGCCAUGAGCCCUUUUGAUAA